AUGCCAUCCGCCAAACAACUCUUUUAUCCGAUUCUCGAUAUACUUCUUUCCAUAGCCCGUUCAGAUGUUCAUGUAGCCCCGUUAGCGACUGUCGGAGGUCACGGCACAAGUACUGCAGAUUUACUAGUAUUUCUUGUGUCGGCUGAGAUAUUCUUGAUUGCAGGUUUGGGUGGUGAGCGGUCGUUCGUUGAAAAGAUAUGGGAUAAAACCGAUUCUGUAGCGGGAUAUAGGGCAGAACCGAUAUUGCAGUUGGUGAGCUUGAAUGGAAGAGGAAAUGUUUCGUCGAAAUGA